CAUGCGCGGCGGCACCAGGAGGGGAGCGCGGCCAUGCGGAUCAUAUGGGAGCGCUUGGUCCGCGCUUUCCGCAACUUCAACGUGGAGAACCGCGCGUUCCGCGUCAUCGACGAGCCCAAGGCCACCCGCGCGCCGUGGUACCCCACGGCCCGGCCCGCCGAGUCGCCUGAAAUCCAACAUGAAAUCCACAAAAAAGACAACAGGCUUCUUGCCUUUUUAAAACAUGUCUAUGUCGAUUCCAAGGAUCCACCCAGGAAAGUGUCUUCAUCUACCCUGUUACUUUUAGAAUGGACUAAAACAAAGAGGGCUUUGCUCUGUGAGGUAAAAGUUGAAGGUGAAAGUCUCCCAUGUAAAGAGGAUGAAUACAGACUUACAAAACUAGGUCGUUACAGUUCUCUAGAUAUUCACCGUGUUCACAAAGGCAAAAUUUGUACUGUGGAGCUUCUGACUUUUCUUAAUAAUCAUAGACUGCAUCCUGAAACAUGGACUGCAGAAAAAAUAGCAGAGGAAUACAGUUUGGAACUGAAGGAUGUCACUUAUCUUCUAAAAUACCAUGCUCUUUUUAAUAUGGAAGUUCCUGCAUCUGAAGAUAAAAAAUCUAUAGAAUCUACGUAAAAAUAGUUGCCAGAACUUGUUUAAUCUCUCUGGUGUUUUCAUUUGAAUCUUAAAAUGUAUCAUUUGUCUUGGAUUUUGUUGACAUGUAACAAUGUGUUGUUUUAUUUAAAUGACUCCUGCAUUUAUUUGGGCAAGCACAUUAAUUAUAUUUUGGUUCAUAAUCUACUUUACUCGUGUUAGAUUAGGAGGCAGUUGAAAUCUGCAAGAAACCUGGCAAUAUGUUAGGAGUAAUAAAUGACCUAUUCAAAUUAAUCCAAUUCUGGGGGAAAGAUUUAGUUAAAAAGAAAUUGCUACUUCCUUGUGAGAAUUGUUUUUUUCAUUUCACGGCUUUGGAUGUUAGUUGAAUCAAUGAUAUAUUAACUUACUGUGAAA